GCUCGCAUCCUUUUCGUGCGAGUUCCUUCUCUCCCCAACCGUGUUCCACCUCUCUUCCUUCUGACCUGGGGCUUCGGGAGGUGGUAGCGGGGUCUCGCGGGACUUGCCUGCCUGGGAAGAGGUGUUGGGGUUCUUUGAGAGGACUUCAGUUGUUCCUUCCGUCUUUUCCCCUCCAGUUUUAGAGGACAAGUCCAGCCCGCCUUGUACAGUAAAACCCUGAGAAUGUAGUGAGAUUGGGCACUAGUUUAACGAGGAAUAGGGAACCAAGUUUCCUGACCUCGAAUAUUUUCCACUUCUGACACGGCGCUGCCUCUGAGGGCAUCCACCUGCUGGUCACCUUUAACUAUUGCUCAGUCCCGGAUCCCCUCUCCUAUGGUUACUAUUUUAUAGGCUCCCUGAGGUGGGAUUCCUCUGAUUCUCAAUAAAUACUUAUCAGGUUCUUGAUGUGUUUGUUACUGAGCCCAACUGUUCUCAGGACAACUCCUGCAUCCAGUUAAGAGAAAACAGACCUCUUUAGAUCCCUAAAUCUCUGGGAAUGCUGCUUCGUCUGGGAAUGCUGCUUCCACAGUGCACACCAGGCCAUGACAGGCUGGUUGAAAUUUUGUGCCUAGUUUUAUGAAUAUUAUCUUUAGGUCACACAUUUCGGCACUCCUUCCUCCAGAUCCUCUAUUUUGGAUCUGCUUAUUUUAUUGCUCUUUUCACACUGAAUCAUGACCAUUACCGGAUAUUGUAAUCUUCAAGGUGGAGGGCUGUGUUUUACUUCUCUAGCACUGGUGUCCAACACAUAGUAAAGUAUUUUAAAUGCUGUCUCGUCUUAGGAGCUUGGCAGCUAACCUAUUAAAGUCUCCAUUUCUUUCUCUGUAAAAUGGGAACUGUAAGUAGUACCUUCCUCUUAAGUUUGCAAAUAUAGGUGUCCUGAUGUCAGUUAAAUCCUCAACAUGGAACUUACAAGUGGUGCUUCGUAAAUGUUAAGUAUCAUUAAUUUUUAUGAAUAUAUUUACUACAGUGGUUACAUCUUCAAGUACUUACUAUAUCUUUUAGGUCAUCUGAACAGGAUAUUAUGAUAUAUUCUGCAGGUAUCACUCAUAAAGUAUUUAAAGAAGUACUUGAAAUUGUUUAGCUGUCUCUGGCAUCUGAAACACCAUGUCCUUAUUUUAUUUGCUGAAAGUGACUAACACUUUGAUGGUUUCUGUCUUAACUGUGUCUGUGCUAUCAUCCACAGUUUCGUGACCUUGUCCAGUAGAAGGCUAUUUUAUUUUUACAACUGUUCAAGUAUUGACAUACAAGAUGAAGCAAGAUGCCACAAGAAAUGCUGCCUACACUGUGGAUUGUGAAGAUUAUGUGCAUGUGGUAGAAUUUAAUCCCUUUGAGAGUGGGGAUUCAGGAAACCUAAUUGCAUAUGGUGGCAGUAAUUAUGUGGUCAUUGGCACGUGUACAUUUCAGGAAGAAGAAGCAGACGUGGACGGAAUUCAGUAUAAAACACUACGAACAUUUCAGCAUGGAGUCAGGGUUGAUGGCAUAGCUUGGAGCCCAGAAACUAGACUUGAUUCAUUGCCUCCAAUAAUCAAAUUUUGUACUUCAGCUGCUGAUAUGAAAAUAAGGUUGUUUACUUCAGACCUUCAGGAUAAAAAUGAAUACAAGAUUUUAGAGGGCCAUUCAGAUUUCAUUAAUGGUUUGGUGUUUGAGCCCAAAGAGGGCCAAGAACUUGCAAGUGUGAGUGAUGAUCAUACCUGCAGGAUUUGGAACUUGGAAGGAAUGCAGACAGCUCAUUUUGUUCUUCAUUCCCCGGGAAUGAGUGUGUGCUGGCAUCCUGAGGAAACUUUUAAGCUGAUGGUUGCAGAGAAGAAUGGAACAAUCCGGUUUUAUGAUCUUUUGGCUCAACAGGCUAUUUUAUCUCUUGAAUCAGAACAGAUGCCAUUAAUGUCAGCUCACUGGUGCUUAAAAAACACCUUCAAAGUUGGAGCUGUUGCAGGAAAUGAUUGGUUAAUUUGGGAUAUUACUCGAUCCAGUUAUCCUCAAGAUAAGAGACCUGUCCACAUGGAUCAAGCCUGCUUAUUCAGGUGGUCUACAGUUAAUGAGAACUUGUUUGCAACCACUGGUUAUCCUGGCAAAAUGGCAAGCCAGUUUCAAAUUCAUCAUUUAGGACACCCUCAGCCUGUCCUCAUUGGUUCUGUAGCCGUCGGAUCUGGCCUUUCCUGGCAUAGAACUCUUCCACUGUGUGCAAUUGGAGGAGACCACAAGCUGUUGUUUUGGGUAACUGAAAUGUAAAACAAAUUUUCUUUGUACCUUAGAUGCAUAAACUUUGUAUUUUUAAUACAUAUUUUGGAGAACUCCCUAUUUUUAUAUCAAAUAUACUGUAAGCUCUAGUAAUGUCCCAGUUGUUGCUUUUGUUAAAUAAACUGUUAAUGGUUUGAAAAAUCAUUUUCUUGCUCUGUGCUGUAUAUGUGCAUGUAUGUGUUUAAAAACAUACAUUUUUUAAAAUCAUCUUUCAAGACUAUAAUUGACUGAGCAGCUCCAGAAAAGAGAUGAUUUUAUCACAGAUUAUCCAAAGUGUAUCCUGUCCUCUAUACUUUGAAUAUAUGCUGUUUUCCUAAUUCUCAGAGAUGCAAACAUUUACAAAAGGAAGAAAAUGUCUUUCCUUUCAGUGUUACUCUGGAAGUGAUCGAAUGUAUAUGUGUGGGUACAUGCAUCUUUGUUAGCAGUUUAUAUGUGUAAGGGUCUUACAACUUCCUCAGUAAUUAUAAAAGAUUAUCAUUUAACUUAAUACAAAGAAUGAUUUUCACUUUCUUAAAAAUGUGACUGAUUGACUCAGUCCUGUUGACUUUAUACAAAUUUCUUUUGACUAGACAUCUCAACAUUCUUAGAACAUCUGGUGUAUGGGAUAAAGCUUACCUUGAAAAAUGAAUUAUAAUUAAUAUCUUUAACAGCCUCUGCCUGUUAUGAAUCUUCACCAUUUUUAUCAAGAAACUGAGAUGUUUCUGAGAUGGCACCUAGUGGCAGUAAAACAGCGCUGAUAGCACAGGGCCUGCUUGGGAUUCUCUCUCUCUCUGACGCUCCCCCAUGCUCGCUUGUUCUCUCUCUCUCUCUCUCAGAAUAGAUAAACUUAAAAAAAAAAGAAAAGAAAAUUAGCUUUACGAGACAAGGAAAUGUUGCAACUAAUUUUUUUAAUGCAAUGAAAUGUUUUAAUCAUGUAGAUAUUUAAACUAUUAUGUGCUUUACUGAUGAAAAAAUGCAUAGUAUACCAAUUUCUAAGUCACUUAUUUGAUAUAAUAAAUUGUUACUAAAUAAUAGCAGUGGUUUCCUUUACCCCUUCAUAAGCGGAUUGUAACUUAAAAAGGCAAAGGUCAGGGAAUUGGGACAUGUUUCCUUUUAACAGUCUCUGUGAUGGGACAGAGAACCCUAAAAGCAUUAGGGUAGAUCAAAGAAUUUGUAAGAAUUUUUCAUUUCAGGAUGUGUCCCAGAUAUAAGGAAUACAUAUUGAGAUGUCAGAUUGAGCCAGUGCAUUUGAAAAUUGUCUAAGGACGUUGACUUAGGAAUUGAGUGGGUUGUUAUUAAGGGUGGAGAUUGAGGGGAGCCUGGGUGGCACAGUCAGUUAAGCGACUCUUGGUUUUAGCUCAGGUCAUGAUCUCACAGUUUUGUGAGUUAGAGUUCCACAUCAGGCUCUGCAGUGGCAGCACAGAGACUGCUUGGGAUUCUCUCUUCUCUCUCUCCGUCUCUCUCUCUGCUCCUCCCACACUCACACUGUUUCUGUCUCUCUCUCAAAAUAAAUAAAUAAACUUAAAAAAAAAAAAAGGAUGGAGAUUGAAAAGUAUGUUGGCCUUGGAUUUUUGGGUGUCUGAGAAAUGGGUUCUUUGGAAUAAGGGCUUACCCAAAUAUGAGUUAUCUGAUGAAAUUACCCAGUAGCACUACUGCCUGUUAGGGGAACCUGUCUUGGGAAAAGAUAACCCAUGGUGGUCACAUAAAUACUAAAUUUAUGCAAUUUAUGCCGAGAAGCAGGAAGUGUUAACCCUUAAAGAAAGCAAAUGGUUGUUUCAUUUAUAAAUUAAUAUAGUGACUAUAAGACUCAAGUCUCAAGAAAUGAGAGGGAUUUCUUUAUCCCUUAGCUUCAGGAGUGGUAUUCAUGUUAUCCUGAGUAAGCAUUGUUAAACUUUACUGUGUUCAAUUACUUUAAAUGGCAUAAUGAUAUUCUUUUUCCAUAGUAAAUUUUGUUCUUAGUAAACUAUGUUUAAAUUAGACUAACACAGGAGGCAGUGUUCAAUGGAGAAUUAGUUAUUGGUCAUCACUUCUAAUUUCUGAUAAAUAACAUGAGUUCUGAUUUUGUGUAUGUGUAUGUGUCCCAGUUAGUUUUAGUUUUUCCAUGUUUGUUUAUUCUAAGAGGGUUUUUCUUCUGCUGAAAAUAAGUUUUCCUCAGGAUUGCUUCACUUACAAAUAUUGUGGAAAGGAAAAAAAAGUUGUACUUGUGUUCUAAAAUUCUUAUUAUUUAGAGAUGUUGAAGCAAAAGUCAGGAUAUCACAAAUCUGCAAGAUGUCAGAAUUAAAUCCUACUCUUUCAAAAUGAUGGAAUCAUAAGUCCCAUUUUAUUUUUAUGAUUUGGCUUGUACGUUGUGAGUAUUUCAAUGUCUCUCCCAUGCCAAAACACAAAAUCGUACAGCCAUGCACUCCAAUUUGUUUCUUUGGUAAUUUGUGACUACAUAUUGACACUGACCUAGAAAUGUUCCUGUUGCUGUUUUAAAUCUCAUGUCAGUGGAGAAGAAAUUGAAAUCUGGUUUGCACAUUUGUGUCUGGUUUUUUGUAAUUGUCCAAAAUCUGACAUUGUCCCAGAAAUGCUGAUUGGUAAGUUAUGAGACAGUAUUAUACCCAAGACUGAUUUCUUAGGAGAGAACAUGUAUUUGCUCCAGAUUAUUCCUCAUGUUUCUGUAGCUCAAAAAGUUAAACUCAACCCAACUUUAUGUGAUACCAGUAAUAGCCUUAGAUUUGAGCCCAAAUAAAAUGUGCAAAGUAAAAAUCACCAUUAUGAUGGUCCAUUUCCACAUAUUCCUCAUGAGAGCAUGGUCCAGCCUCAGAAGCAGCAUUCUGUUCCAAUAUAUCUUUAUCAAGCUGUCGGUGUGCUUAGUAACAAGGACAGGAGAGAACACUCUGUUUCUUUAAUCUAACACCUUGCUGAUUCAAAAACAUUUAUUUUAACAGGCAUUGAAAAGGAAUUUCAAAACAGCUAACAUUCGUUUCUAAUUAUACAUUUAAAGAAAUAUGCCUUUUAAAACAUAGGUAGAAGUUUCCUUUUGUUGCUAUUAACAUGACUUUAAUUUAUAGCAACCAUCUGUUAACUAAGCACAGAAACACAACAAAAUAAUUAGGAUAUCAGCUUUGAAGAUCUCCUUUCAGAAAAGGAAAAACAAAUACACAUUUGAUGACAUAUCCAUUACUCAAACUCGACAUAACCAAUUUCUUUUGCAUGCAUGGACACAGACUUCAUGAGAAAUUGAAAGCACUGAAUCUCCUUUCUGACCUUUUCAGCUGUUCUUUGAACUACCUUAGUAAAAACAAUUGUUGCCCGUAUGUUGGAUCAAGUUACAUUUGCCUGGAAAUUUCUUUGGAUCAGCUUAUUUCUGUUUAACUGAUGUGUUUGUUAUAUUGCUAUUUGCCUUCUCAACUAAUUUUUAACAGAAUACUCUACCUUGGGACUUUUACACUUACAUAAGUUUUUAAAAUCCAUAAGAACAAGGGUAAGUAAAAGGAGAGGCCACCAAGUUUCUCCGCCUUUGGAAAAACAAUUUGAGUAACCCAAUAGAUUUAAAGAUGUAUGAAAGAAAGCAUUUCUACCAACUGCAUGUUUAGUGCUAUAUUGAGUUGAGUGCCUGUG